AAAUAAAUAAACAAACACUCUGAAAUGGAUACCCUUUCGCCUAACAAUGGCUCCAAGUCGAGCUCCAGCGGCAGCUCGGCGGCCAGCUCCUCCAUGGAUCUGGGCAGUGGCAAGCAGCGCCAUCAGCGCGGCCAGAAGAAGCUCUCCCGCAGCAGGAGUCUGCUGCAGUUGCUCAGCAGACACUUGGGCAAGCACUUCCAUCACCACUCGCAUCAUCCGCAGCACGAGACGGUCUACAGCAGCCAGGACGACAUCCGCAGCAGCUCCACAGACUCCUUCAGCCUGAGCUACGAGCGCGGCUCCCACGAAUGCACCGGCGGAGGCUCCAGCCAGGAUCUGGAUGAGCCCACCUCGGGAUACUCGCGGUACUCGCCCACGGGCCUCGACUUCUACGACAACCAGGGACACAUCUACGUGGAUGCCGUGUUCCGGCCGGGCAGCGCCCUGGAGCAGCUGCAUCCCCAGAUGCACUACGACGAGGACAGGAGCGAGGGCGGCAGCAGCGAGGGCAGCAGCAGCAACGAGGGAGAGGCAGAGGGCGACAACGACGGCGACAAUGAGCGCGAGGACGACAACGACAACGAUAAUGAGAAUGAAAAUGAAAAUGAAAACAGGAAGCAAAGAUCCGCCUCGGCGGCAUCCGCUUCCGCCUCCAAAUCGCACGGACUCCAUCUCAGCCGCAUCUCCAUCUCCUCGUCGGUCAGCCGGAUGCUCCAGCACUUCUCCAGCUCGGCGGCCACCACGGCAAACGCCUCGCUGCGCUCCCUCUCCUGCAGCAGCACGCCGCUGCAUCGGCAGCUGAAGAAGAAGUCCCUCUCGCCCCACAACUCCAACAGCAGCAGCAGCAGCGCCUCCAGCAGCUCCAGCUCCAAGUCCUCCUCCUCCUCCUCGAAGAAGGACAAGAAGCAGCAGAGCAUCCUGCGGCCGCCCGUACAGUACGUCUACAUGAAGGGCAUGUCCGGCCUCUACUCGCGAGUGCCCAGCUACGCGGUCUGCUGCCCCUACACCCUCCACCACAUGUACUAAGUGGAAGGGGCAGAUGAUGCUGCAAGGAGUGGAGACGGGACUGGAUACGGAUCCCAGGAUCCUAGUGAUGUACGACGAGUGCCUAAAUGCCAAGGAGCAAGGAAGGUGGCAGC